CGAGCGGGGGGAUCAUUCCCACCACCACACCGCGCACGCACGGCCGCGCCGCCGCCGCCGCCGCUCCACCGUAGGGCAGCCUCCUCUUUCUUUUUCCGCUUGGCGGCUGGGGCUCUUUGUCUCCGGGAGGGUUUCCGCGGCGCACGGAACAGCAGGAGCACGCCGCGCUGAGAGGUGGAGGGAGAUGGCUGCCAUGGUUGGAGCGCGCAGGGCUCUCUUCGCCGCCCGCUACUCCCCUCGCGGCGAGCUCGCGGCCGCGCUCCUCUCCCCCGCCCGUCGAGUCGGUUCUCCUCACAGUCUUCCAGCUGAAAGAGGAUGCCCGCGUUCUUUGGUUCCGCAUCGAGGCGCUGGCAGUGUGGCAUCCGAACAAAUUGAUGGAGACUAUCACCGUGAUUGGGGGGUGCAAAACGCAGGGAACUACGGAGAGUCCCGCCCAAAACACUCACCUGAUCAUUUCAGCCGCCCCUUGCAGAGGGAUCCCCCUUCAGCUCAUUCUUCAGAAGGCAUUGAUAGAAAUAAAGGUGUGCAUGCUGAUGGCGGUGUCAAUGCACAUUAUGGACGCAAUUCUGAACAACCUUACCAGAGCGGUGGAUCGUAUGGCUUACCAGAUAGUCGCCAGCCAUAUACCGGUGCAAGAGUGAAUAACGAGCCACCUGGAUAUACUGCCAGGCAAUCGUAUGGGGGCAAUAGUGCAUAUGGCCACCAAAACCCCAAGGGCGAUAUACCAAGUGCUCAUCAGCAGCAGAUUGUCAUACCUGCUAUUAAUGGCCUUUCUGCAGAUGGUAAUGUGCGAAGAGGUCGUGACGUUACUGGAUAUGAUUGCAGCUCUGGAUACAAUUCCCGAAGUAACCAGGAGAGCUAUACUAGUGGGCAGUAUGGAUAUGGCCCAUCAGCACAGUCACAUCAAAGCCCAACUGGAAGUGACCAGCAAGUCUUUCAUCAACAGAAGGUUGAUCGAAUAUCUAAUGGUAAUUACUUCAACAAGCCUGGCAAUCCUGCGUCACAGUAUCCAACUCCAAGCAGUUCCCGUAAGGAGCAUGUUGCAGGACCUCAACAAGGCCACAAUGGUGAUUUUGGAUACAAUACCAGGCAGCCUGAUCAGGCAAGUAGUGCAUACAAUCACCCAAGUUCUAAUGGAGGUCCACCAAGUACUCAGCAGCAGCACAAUGGCACUGGAUAUGCCACACACAACUUUGGUUACAACACCCAAAGUAACCAGCAGAACUAUAAUGGUAGGCAGAAUGGAUAUGGUCCUUCAGGACAGUCAUAUCAAAACUUAACUGGAAACGUUCAGCAGCAGAAUGAUUAUCAAAGUCAUGAUCAUGCAAAUAGGCCUGUGAAUUCUGCCUCACAGUAUCCAAAUACUAGCCAUUUCCAUAAGGAGCAUUUUCCAGUAUUCCAGCAAGGCCACAGAGGUGAUUUUGGAUACAAUGCUUCACAAGCAUAUCAGAGUCAUUAUACCACUAACAAAAUUGACACUCAGAGAAAUCAUCAAGAGCAUUUCAUGAAUGUAAACACAGAUGUACAGCACAGCCAUAACAGAACUUAUCCAGAAUCUCAUUCAGAUAUUCAACCUAUUACGUCAGCUGGGAACAACUUGAGCAGUAAGCCCUAUCAAGAUAACAUGUAUUUCCAGCAUUCACUGCCUGGCAGCCUGCCAAAUAAUGGAUCACCUUCUGAAGUAUCUGAUGAAGCCAGCGGCAUAUCCAAAGGUACUAUUGAGGAACUGGAUAAGUUAUGUGAAGAUGGGAACAUAAAAGAAGCUUUGAAAGCUCUACCGGUGCUGCAAGGAAAAGGCAUUGUACUGCAUGCUCCUCAAUACUUUAAACUGAUGCAAGCAUGCGCUGAUGCAUGUGCUCUUGCAGAAGCAAGACAAAUACAUGAUCAAAUAUCUCAAUCAGAACUAGCUGUUGACAUAGAUGUUAACAACAAAAUUUUGGACAUGUAUGCUAAAUGUGCCUCGAUGGAAGAUGCAAAGAAACUUUUCAGUACUAUGGCGCAGCAUGAUUUGACAUCUUGGAGCACUAUAAUCUCAGGGUUUGUGCAUAAUGGUCUUGGUGAAGAAGCAACUGACUUUUUUGAUCGUUUUAAGCAGACUGGAGAUAAGCCAGAUUCUGGCAUGUUCACACAUGUAUUUUUGGCCUGUGGAAUUUUGGGAUCGGUUGACGAGGGCAUGUUGCAUUUUGAAUCAAUGCAGAAGGAUUUUGGUAUAAUUCCUUCCAUGGAUCAUUAUGCGAGCAUUGUUAAUAUGCUUGGCCAGUCGGGCUAUGUUGAUGAAGCUCGUGAAUUUGUUGAACGGAUGCCUAUGGAACCGAGCGUCGAUAUCUGGGAAAGUUUGAUGAAUAUGUGCCGACUUAAUGGAUACUUAGAGCUUGGGGAUCGUUGUGCUCAGAUUAUAGAACGCCUGGAUCCUUCUAGGCUGAAUGAGCAGUCUAAAACGGGUCUUUUCCCUGUAAAUGCUUCAGACCUUGCAAAGGAGAAAGAAAGGAAAAAGGCUAAUACUGCUGAAGCUAGGAGCAAAGUUCAUGAAUACAGAGCAGGGGAUCGAUCCCAUCCAGAAACCCUUAAGAUCUAUGAAGAGCUGAGGUACUUGGCGGCUCAUAUGAAGGAGGCUGGCUAUAUUGCGGAUACUCGAUUUGUGCUUCACGACGUUGAUCCAGAAACUAAAGAGGAUGCCUUGCUAGCUCACAGUGAGAGACUAGCUGUUAGUUACGGUCUUAUAACCAGUGCUGUCCGUUCGCCAAUUCGGGUUAUAAAGAACCUUCGCUCCUGUGGAGACUGCCACACCGCUCUUAAGAUAAUCUCUAAGCUUGUUGGCCGUCAGAUCAUUGCGAGGGACGCAAAGAGGUUCCACCAUUUUGAAAAUGGUGUGUGCUCUUGCAAAGACUAUUGGUAAACAGAAUGUGACAUGUCUACGCUGUUAUAAAAUUUUAUAGGUAGAGAUCCAAAAUCAGUUGUGUAAAUCCUGAAGGUAUGUUGCCUAUGAAACAUUUGGUUUAACCACAGGUUUCAUGUCAGGGACACGGUGUAUCCUCUCUUCUAUGUAACAUCCUAUUAGUGUUCUAUACCCUGGAAUUUAUUAGCUUGAAGCAUUCUUUA